GAAGAAGAAGAAGAAGAAGAAGAAGAAGAAGAAGAAGAAGAAGAAGAAGAAGAAAUUGUCAUUAACGUGGACAAAAGACAAAUACAACAUAGAAGUGAUUAUAGAAGAAAUUUGCAAGUUUCUGAGCUCUAUGAUUUAGGUGUCCUGGGGUUUCCUUCUAUCCACUCAGGGAAACAUUACUGGGAAGUAGACGUGUCUAGAUGUGAUGCCUGGCUCCUGGGAAUACAUGAUGGAAGAUGUGCAGAACCCAAGCUUCCGUCAAUGAAUCAACAGAGCGUCAAAGCCAAAUAUAAUUCUGAUGUUAACCAACAUGUAAAUUAUCAGCCCAAAUGUGGCUACUGGGUUAUAGGGAUGACGAACAGGUCUGUGUAUAAUGCCUUUGAAGAGUGUUCUGUCACCCACAAUGCCAGUGUCUUGCUCCUCUCUCCGACUCAUCCUCCCACUCGUGUUGGAAUUUUCCUGGACCGUGAAGCUUGCACUCUCUCAUCUUAUGAUGUUUCCAACCACGGAGCUCUCAUCUAUAGAUUCUGUGACUGUUCUUUCCCUGCUGCGGUUUAUCCAUAUUUUAAUCCUAUGGAGUCAUCAGGGCCAAUGACAGUCUGUGGGCCACCCUCUUAA